AUGCCGCAGUACGGCAAUCUUCAGAUACUCGGGUACAUCCGACCCUCCGCUAGUACGAAUCGAGGUCGAAACGGCCUGACGGGCGGCAACGCCGCGACGCCCAGGUCCCCUGCCGGCUUCAACAAUUUCUCCAGCCCUUUUGAGAACAACAUGCGAUUUAUGCAACAGCGCAGCGAUCUGUGGCUGGACCUCCUGGAAGGCCCCAUCCUUGGUGAGGUUUGGUGCUGUGGGUAUCGCGUGCAGCCCUGUCAACUCCACGUCAUUCGCUGUGAUCCGUUUAAGCAGUACUCGUUAAAGCCGACGGUGUUUAGCGCGUGCGCGCUCUACGGCCCCGCCGGGGUUCGGCGGCUGCUUCUCGGCCAGCGACCCGUCUGCUUGCCUGGGAUGCAGUGCAACAUGGAAGGCGUCCUCCUCCCGGACGUGAUGAUGGCGGAGAGCGCGCCGAAAGUGGAGAAUCGCGUGCGGAGCCACGUAGCGGACUCGAUGCCGAAUUGGUAUAACUUCGCCUUCGCCUCGACGCCGAUCGAGGAUCUCUCGAUGUGCAGCCUCUCCGGGAGGGAUUAUUGGACGCCGCAGACGGUGCCGGACAGCGUCACCGGCUUGGCGCCCGGGGGGGAACUGAACAGCGGGGAUGGCGAGCACCGGAGGAUGAGCGAUAGCAUGGAGGCGGCGCUGCUGCGGUUUAGCGCCUCGCGCAACACGAUGUUCGAGAGCAUCCGGGCGCGGGAUCUGUCGAAAAGCGUCGGAACGCUCGCGGAGCCGCUCGCCGGGGUGCCCCCGCGACUCGAUUUCCCCACCAGCGUGGACUUCUCCGAGACCGGGAUCGCACUGGCGAUGUGCUGCCUCGGCGGGAACGUCCAGCGUAUCCUUCUCGGGAUGAAGCCGGUGCGCAUGUUUCAUGAGCAGAUGGGAGGUUUGGAGGCUCUCGCGCAUGGGUCUAGUUCGACUCCUGGCGUGAUAAACUCCAAAUCGUCCCAUUUCUCGAGGUUCCUUGAGGGAAUGAAAAAGGUAGGUCUCACGGGGAUCCCCGUGAGCCCAUGCAAGACGAGUGAUUCUACCUUGUCCGCAUGUGGAAAGGAGCGCCAGAAGGUUACCCCCAACGCCUCUAUUGUCUCUUUAUCACCUUAUAUUCACCAUGUGCUAGCAUUUCUAAUGUACGGAACCCUCAUCCUACUCCGGGGUCUGAAACCGUUCAGUCGGUUCUCGUGGUUUGCGGAGGUCAUGGAGCUUCGACUCCGGGAGUUUGUCAAUUUUGUUUCACUGUUAGACGGUCAAACCACCUCGUGUGGACUUCAUCCCGUUCUCCCCCACCAAGUGGCACGGAAUGUGAAGCAGCAGCACUUCUGUUAUCUGAAUUACCUUGGUCGCUACCUGACGGAUCUUGUACUGGGGAUGUUUAUAACCUUUCUGAUCUUUCACAUGUCGAAUAUGCAUUCGGCGGUGCAGCAUCUCUCGCGGUAUUCUCUGUUUAACCUACACAUGUCCUAUAUGGACUGGUUUGAGGGCUGGCCGGCGGGUCUUAAAAUGAAUGAUGACUUUAACGCCUCGUUGGGGUUCUUCGCCACGUUGGUGCUCACCACGUGGGAUCGCUUCUUAAGCUUUACGUGGGGGAGCGAGCCCCGCUCGGAGGAUGAAAAGACCUACGCCUGGAUCACCUAUGUUUAUAUCCUCUUGUUUUACAUCUCUCUCAUGGGUGCCAGCACGGCCCUGGCUUUCCUAGCCGAUGUGAUUGGGCUCAUCACACUCCACCUCCACUUCCUGUAUCAAUCCAUGGCCUUAGUGUAUCGCCUUGCCAAGGAGUUAUUCGUGAGUUUGUUCAACCAAUUUCGCGGUAAGAAGUACAACAAACUGCGGAACCGCACAGACGCCUACGAGUUCUCGGUUGAACAGAUGCUAAUUGCGACAUUUCUGUUCACCAUCACCUUCUUUUUGUUCCCCACUGUUGCCGUGUAUUAUCUUUAUUUCGCCUUCGUCCGGACCUCUGUUUGGAUCGUUCAGGAAAGCCUAAUUGAGCUUUCCCACCUCCUCCUCUACACCCCUUUCUUUCAGAUCAUUCACUGGGCAAUGUUCCGCCGCCAGUACAUCGGUGGGAUGGUGCUGUCCGAUCCUAUCAUCACCAUGACCCUCAAGAACCCCGCAUCACCCCAUGCGGGCGCGCCCAAACUAGGAAACGAUAUGAGUAGCAGCAAUUUUAGUGGCAUUCACCACGAAAAGCUCUCCACCACGGUGGAGUUGUCUGUUGAAUCGAUUCCUCUCCCGCUAUCGUCUGUGCUCUCGGAUUUUUUAGUGGUGCUAGGGGUGCUUGGUAGGCUCUUAAUGCCGACACGUGUGUUGUCUUUAUUGAAGAAGGGAGAAGCGUAUGGAUGGCUUGAAAGUCCUAUUCAUGACUUGAUUCCGCAUUUGCUAGAGAAUUGUGUCGAUCCUCGCUGUACACUACUGCGUGGCGAAAAAACGGAGGGGACGGAUGCAGCAAAGCCUCUAUAA